AUGCCUUCUGAAAUUUGUCCAAAAUGUCAAAAAGCUGUUUAUGCUGCAGAAAGAAAAAUAGCCGGUGGUAAAGCAUGGCAUAGUAUGUGUUUAAAAUGUGGUUUGUGCAAUAAAAUGUUAGACAGUACUACAGUGGCUGAACAUGAAGGAGAAGUAUUUUGUAAAACUUGCCAUGGUCGUAAAUUUGGUCCUAAAGGUUAUGGAUUCGGUGGAGGUUCUGGAGCACUGAAUAUGGAUACCGGAACUCAUGUUGGUAAUAAAGAAACAGAAAUGUCAAAUAAACCAACAGCUGGCGCAAUGGGUGGUAAAGUUAUACCUCCGGAAGAAGGUGGUUGCCCACGUUGUGGUAAACGAGUAUAUGAUGCCGAAAAAGCUAUUGGAUGUCCAAGUGGACUCAACUUUCAUAAAGCAUGUUUCCGAUGUAAAGUAUGCGGGAAAUCACUUGAUUCAACCACCUUGUGUACUCAAAAGGAAGAAAAAGAAAUUUAUUGUAAAGCUUGUUAUGGAAAAAAUUUCGGACCAAAAGGUUUUGGUUUUGGACAAGGUGCUGGUGCAUUAAAUAUGGGUUGA